CUGCUAUAGUUAAACUUCAUGGCGAAUAAUAAGCAGUGUUGCUAUUAACAAAAUAUGACAUUUAAAUCAAUGCUUAGUUUAUGUCUUUGAGUCAUGUCUCAUGCUCUGAACCCUUUUGUUUAUAAGUAGCUCUCCAACCAACUUACAUAAUUCCUACUAUUUAGGGAUGUGGACACUUGAUCAAGUUAUCCAUAGAUAAUGCUUUCAUUAUGUAAUCUGAAGGGGAUGUCAACGGCUCUAAAUUCUAUGGAUGAAUUUUCGGAUGUCUUCCACACUACUGUGACUGAAGAGCCCUCUUGGAGUUUUCUCUAGAAUGUCAGUUUUUAGAAGGAAGCAUCAGUUAAGACAACUUGGACAGUAAAUCAUUAUUUAAAAUACGUUAUCCUGGUAUGAAUCCACCUUUUGCUCAGCAUUGUUGCACUGAAUAACACUUAAAAUCAUUCCUCUAAAAAGUGUUCAUAAGGUCUAUAAAUAAUUUUAGUCCUCAAUCUGUAGACCCACCUCAGGGGGAAGUCAUUGUUUUAAAUCAUACCGCAAUGGGAUAUUGAGUAUGUAAGAUGAUAUCUAACAAUGACUGUCAAUUCUUGGUGCUCGAGGAGUGCGGGUCUAGGCGUAGAUUUAAUCUGGUAAUUACUGCGGUCAUGAUCUCAUUGACAGGGGCAGACAAGUGCUAAAAUGCUUAGUUUUCAUUUGGAAACAAGCAGAUGCUAUAAUAAUGCUGAUUGAUUGAGUACUAAAUAUCCACUGGUAUACACGAGAUAUAAACACAAUAAGCACUAACUUAAUAUAUCACUCGUUUUACUUAUCUUAAGUAUUCUUUAGAGAAGCUCAUUUGGCUGGUUUUCUUCUUAUUCACUCAAGUAUCUCAUUAUUUUCUCCCGCUUUAUAAAUUCUUAUAUUAUCUCAUAUAUCGUUUAGCUUCAUAAUAAACUGUUUUAUCUGGGUAACUUUUCCAUCAUUUACAGUGUACUGAUUUUCUUCAGGGAAGACAUUAUUAAUAGUAUUAUAGAUGUGAUAACAAACUUACUGCAUUUAAAGCUAUGAGAUCUUCUUACCUGCAUGUGCAAUUACGUGAGCAUUCACACAAACUUUCUUUUUUCUUCAUGCCAUUUUUAUGUGACCUCCUGUCCAGUGUCUUAGUUUGUAAUAGGAUUACCACGUUUCGCUGAUUUUUAAAAUAAAGAACACCAAAGCUAACCUUCUUAAACGGAAGCUAUCACAUUAAAUUUUAACUGAUUGCAUCCCCUACGGGUUAGUCUGAUGUGUGAAAAUAACCUUUACGCUGAAAGUGCCAUGGUCACACUAUGGUCAUCUACGUCUCACUCAACAGCAUUCAAAUCACUUUCAUCGCGUAAUUAUCUAAUGAAUAUUUUCUCCCCCAUUUUUUGAACUACUGACAGGCUGCAGCUCAAAUUGAAAAUCCAGAUUUCAAGGAAAAAUUGAUCAAAUUACAAGCUGCCAUACGCUAUGGUGAAGGAGAUUUAGCUGGCUCGCGCAGUUUAGUUGAACAAACCUUUUCUGGCGACCCUGAUUCAAUUAUCAAUCUUGGCUGCUUAUUCUACCGCGAAGGUGAUUAUCAAAAGGCAUGCCAACAGUUUCAACAAGCAAUGCAAACUGUUGGUUUCCAACCAACACUUGCUUAUAACAUGGCACUGUGUCAUUAUCAGAUGAAACAGUAUGCUCAGUCUUUGAAAUAUAUUGCUGAUGUUAUUGAACGUGGAAUUAGAGAUCAUCCAGAACUUGGUGUCGGUAUGACUACAGAAGGCUUGGAAGUACGUAGUGUUGGGAAUACUCUAGCUUUACACGAAACAGCUUUAAUUGAAACAUUUAACUUAAAGGCAGCUAUUGAAUUCAAUUUAAAAAAUUAUGUAGCUGCAUCCGAAGCAUUAACUGAUAUGCCGCCAAGAUCUGAAGAAGAACUCGAUCAUAUUACACUUCAUAAUCAAGCCUUAAUGAAUAUGGAAACAGAACCGGCAACAGGUUUUCAAAAAUUACAAUUUUUACUGCAACAAGAAACUUUUCCAUUUGAGACAUUUGCAAAUCUUUUACUGUUGUACAUAAAAUAUGAAUAUUUUGAUUUAGCUGCUGAUGUAAUGGCUGAGAAUGCAUCAUUAGCCUAUGAAUAUCUGUCACCGGAUUUAUUUGAUUUUAUUGAAGCUGUAAUUCUUCGACAAACAGCACCUCAAGAUGCCUAUAAUCGUCUUGAUCAAAUGGCUGCUAAGCAUACAGAACAGUUGAGACGAUUGACAAAGACAGUUCAAGAAGCCAGACAAGCACAAGAUGAUGAGGCAGUGAAACGUGCUGUACACGAAUAUGAUAUCGCCUUAGAAAAUUAUAUUCCUGUGUUAAUGCAACAAGCUAAAAUUUAUUGGGAUAUGGACAAUUAUCAACAGGUUGAGAAAAUAUUCCGUAAAUCUGUUGAAUUUUGUAAUGAUCACCGUGUAUGGAAGUUGAAUGUCGCCCAUGUACUAUUUAUGCAAGAAAAUAAAUACAAAGAAGCUAGUGGAUUCUAUGAACCAAUUGUUAAACGACAAUUUGAUAAUCUGUUAAAUAUUAGCGCUGUUAUACUCGCUAAUCUAUGCGUUACAUACAUUAUGACUAGUCAAAAUGAAGAUGCUGAAGAAUUGAUGCGUAAAAUUGAAAAAGAAGAAGAAGCGAUCAGUUAUGAAGAUCCGGAUAGAAAAGUAUUUCAUUUGUGUAUUGUGAAUUUAGUCAUUGGCACGUUGUAUUGUGCUAAAGGCAACUAUGAUUUCGGCAUUAGUCGGGUUAUUAAAAGUUUAGAACCAUAUCAGAAGAAGCUUGGACCAGAUACAUGGUAUUAUGCUAAACGCUGCUUCUUAUCCUUAAUUGAAAAUAUGUCCAAGCAUAUGAUUCUUAUAAGAGAUGCUGUAUUAAUGGAUUGUAUACAAUUUCUAGAACACUGUGAAUUAUAUGGACGUGACAUAAAAGUUGUCAUUGAUCAACCAAUUGAAUCGGUGAAAAUCCAUCCAGGACAAAAUACUGUUACAUAUGAAGCACGUCUGCUGAAAGCACUUUUACUAGAAUUAAUGCAAAAUUAAUUGAACAGACUGUAACUCCUUGAUUUGUUGAUAAUCUUGUUGAUGUGUUUAAAAUGAGAACAACAUUUCUUUGUGAAUAUUUGCAUGGCUGUGUACGUUUAAUCAUAUGCCUGUGUACAUUCUCCUUUUCCCUCCAAAAAUAGUGUGUACAUAAAUAAUAGAAUAUAUUUUAAGUGACUUCG